AUGGCUGCCAAAACCCACGGGGCUGCAAAGUAUGGCGGGGACAUUGCCGGCACGCAUCGUUACGGAAUGUUCAACACCAUGUCGUCUCCUCGCACUCGAGGGCAAGCCUCACCCGUCCAGCCCUUGGCGACCACCUCACGGCCAGACACUCCAACUCCGACGCCGAUUCGGGGCGACUUCAUCCCGCUAUCAUCCCCGUCCGUCAACAUGCCCUCAUCCCCGUCUCGACGUGACCAGUCUCCGGACAACGGCGUCACUCUGCACAUGAGCUUUACCGAUUCGCAGAUGAACCUUCUUGCAGAAGCCAUCUCGCGGCCCAACUCCCCAGAGAAGGGCUCUGGACGAGGCAGACCUGCCGGUGCGAGCGCAGCUCCGGCGCACCGUUGCCACUAUAGGGCAUACAGCGAGGACGCCGCGCUCGCUGCGGCGCCCCAGGCGACCACCUCGUUUCUCUCUCGUCGCCAUGCUGCUCCUCUGGUCCCGCCCCCGGGCUCACAUGUCUAUGCCAAGGCCCGCGGAAAGUCUCCCGCCCGGCCCGCCGGCCCAAUCCCUCCGCGGCAGUAUCCCGUCAAGCCGAUUCCGGUCAGGCCGAUGCCUGCAGCCCCCCAACAGCUUCGCGAGCACUCUCCUGUCCGGGACGCCACCAGGCGGGCGCGCUAUCCGGCCAACCUGAGCCACGACGGGCAUUUUGCAGGGCGAGUGGCACCAUCCGAGACUUUCGACGAUCGCUACGGGCCCCCGACUAUUGCCCAGCGUCGCGGCGGCCCACGCCCGUCUGUCGACACCCUCACGGCGCAGCUGCGCGGGAGCCCAUCGCACCGCAAGACCCCCAUCGAGAUCAUGAAGGAGCCGGCCGUUCCUGAGCGGUCCAAGUCUACGAUUACCACCAGCGCGGCUCUUUUCGGAGAAACAAGGGGCCGCGCGAACUCUAACCCUUCCCCCUCCAUCUACUCAACCGACGAGCGCAGGGCCGGGUACGAGUCCGACUACGAGACCAUCGUCCCUACCACCCCUUCGGACUCCAGGGACGAGUCCGAGGCCUUGGAGCGGUCCGGGGCCGUGAUGCGGUCCCUCGCUGAGUACGAGCAGCUAUACAACACCCACAUGUCGGUGCAGGGCGAGAUCCUAUACGAGGAGCAAGCGACCGCCGCAGACCAGGGCACCAGCUACCCGCGCGUCUACUCGCCGCUCACCCCUUUCAUCGAGACCAUGGAGGAAAAGCUGCCUAGGCACAAGAGCGUCUUUUACUGCGAGCUCGAGUACCUCGUCACGACGGCGCUCGAGGCCUACAUCACGGCGCAGUUCAACGCCGGGCGGCUGCGGCCCGUCGCGCUCAACAAGGUGGCCGAGGCGUGGCGCCACAAGGGCCGCCCGCGCGUCGUCGGGUUCCGCUACGACGUCGAGACGCAGCUCGAGCUGGUGCUGCUGCACCUGCACGACUUCAGGUUCUACGGCGAGGGGUGCGCGUCGGCCGCCGCCGUCACGGGCGUGCUCGAGAUGAUGCGCGCCGACGCCCGCGCCAUGCGCGUCCGCACCUUUUGCCAGCCCGACCUCGUCAUGGCCAAGCAGCUGCUCGACGCCCAGAAGCUGUUCAACAUCCUCGGCUGCCCGGACCACCUGCAGAUGCAGCUGCACCAGGCCGUCCGCUUCUUCAAGCUGGUGCUUGCCCGCGAGAAGGGCAUUCAGGACCGCCACUACCACGGCCGCCCGCCUUCGCCGCCGCCCAAGAGGGCUCCACCUCAGACGCCGAGGCAGUUCCAGCGCGAAAUGGGAGAGCGCCUGCCCGCCCAGGACGCCCUGCCCGGCUUUGACCGCCACCGCGGCGGCCAGGGGCCCGGUUCCUACCAUCGCCGCCAGAACUCGGAGGGUCGGAUGGAGGAGAAGGUUAUUUACCGCCGUUUCUGA